AUGAACUCCUCCUGUUUAGGACAAGACAGGUUGGUUGGGUCGGUGAAAGCAGCCAGGCGAGCUGACAGGAAAAUGUGGAGUACAACCGGACACUCGCGCGGAAAGUGGCUCUGGAGGAUCGCAGAGCUGCACUGCGUUUUGAUCCUGUGCUUUUUCUCAGGCUGCACAGCCAGCUAUAAACAAGGGGACAAUGUGACUCUCUAUGUCAACAAAGUGGGGCCUUAUCAUAACCCCCAGGAGACGUAUCAUUUCUACACCCUGCCCGUGUGCAGACCAGAAAAGGUGCACCACAAGUCCCUGAGUCUCGGCGAGGUGCUGGAUGGAGACCAGAUGGCUGAGUCGCUGUAUCAUAUUCAGUUCAGAGAAAAUGUGGAGAAAAGAACCCUUUGCCAUCUCUCCCUGACGGAACAGCAGGUGGACCAGCUGCGUGAAGCCAUUGAAGAGUUGUACUACUUUGAGUUUGUUCUCGAUGAAAUUCCAUUCUGGGGGUUUGUGGGAUACUUGGAGGAGAGCGGCUUCUUGCCUCAUAGUCAUAAGGUUGUUCUGUGGACGCAUCUGGAUUUCAACAUCGAAUACAACGGUGACACCAUCAUCUUUGCCAACGUGUCUGUCAAAGACGUGAAACCUGUGCCCCUGGAGGAAGGAGCGGGCACUGGGGUGGGUGGCGUGGGGGUGGGGGGGCACGGCCUUACAGUUACCUACACCUACAGUGUCCACUGGUUCGAGUCGCCAUUGCCGCAUUCUCGCCGCGGCGAGCGUUUUAGAGACUAUUCUUUCUUUCCCAAAACUCUGGAGAUCCACUGGCUCUCCAUCAUCAACUCCCUGGUGCUGGUCGUGCUGCUGCUGGGAUUUGUGAUUAUUAUUCUCAUGAGAGUUCUCAAAAAUGAUUUUGCCAGAUAUAAUGUAGAAGAGGAGGGGAGCUGUGAGGAUCUGGAUCAGGGAGACAACGGCUGGAAAACCAUUCACACCGAUGUGUUCAGGUUCCCUCCGUACAAAAGCCUUCUGUGCGCCAUACUGGGAGUUGGGGCACAGUUCCUUACACUUGCCACUGGAAUCAUUUUGAUGGCUCUGCUGGGGAUGUUCAACGUUCAUCGUCACGGAGCCAUAAACUCGGCCGCCAUCGCCCUGUACGCUCUGACCAGCUGCGUGUCGGGAUACGUCUCCUGCAGCUUCUACACUCAGAUCAACGGCCAGCGCUGGGUCUGGAACAUCAUCCUCACAUCCUCAUUGUUCUCUGCGCCUCUGUUUCUGACCUGGAGUGUGGUGAACUCGGUGCACUGGUGGAGCGGCUCUACACAGGCCCUUCCUGCCACCACCGUGCUGCUGCUGCUGGGGGCCUGGGUGCUGGUGGGCUUCCCUCUCACCGUCAUUGGGGGAAUUGUCGGAAAGAAUCGAGCUGGAAACUUCCAGGCGCCCUGUCGGACCCGCAACAUCCCACGACAGAUCCCCACACAGCCCUGGUACAAGCAGGCAACAGUGCACAUGGCCAUCGGAGGAUUUCUGCCUUUCAGUGCCAUCUCUGUGGAGCUGUACUACAUCUUUGCCACCGUCUGGGGCCGGGAGCACUACACUUUAUAUGGAAUUCUGCUGUGUGUCUUCGCCAUCCUCAUCUCAGUGGGCGCCUGCAUAUCCGUGGCCCUCACUUACUUCCUGCUAUCGGGGGAGGAUUACCGCUGGUGGUGGCGAAGUGUCCUCAACACCGGAUCUACUGGCAUUUUUAUUUUCGUUUACUCAGUUUUUUACUACAGAAACCGAUCGUCUAUGAGUGGGCCAGUUCAGAGUACGGAGUUCUUUGGUUACUCUCUACUGACGGCAAUGGUCUUCUCGUUGAUGCUGGGAAGUGUCUCCUUUUGGGCGUCACUGGCCUUUAUCAGAUACAUUUAUUGUAGCCUCAAAAUGGACUAA